AACACCAAAGGUGACAGCAACCCUCUUUUCUCCCUUGCAUUGAAAUUCUUCUUUCUCAAGUAAAUAAUCCGUAUUUCUCAUCAUCUUUUAUUAUUUUCUAUCGCUGAAAUCGACCGCCACCAUGUCCGGCCACACAGAGGAAUACAUCCGGCAGAAGCUGGUAGAAAAGCUGGAAGCAACUCAUGUGGAAGUGGUCGAUGAAUCCGAUGGUUGCGGUGGAAAAUUUCGUGUCGUAGUAGUAUCCUCCCAAUUCCAAGGCAAACCUCUGCUUCAACGACACAGGCUCGUAAACGCGGCCCUGGAAGAGGAACUGAAAACGAUUCACGCUUUCUCGCAGAAAACCUACACCCCGGAACAGUGGGGCGGUGAGAGUGGUCCUUAAAUCAGGGUUUCUAUUCCCGUAUUUGAA